CCGACCUGGUGCUGCACAACCUGCUGCGGAACGCGCUGCUGGGCGUCAGCGGCGCCGGCCCGCCCCGCAGGAACAUCGAGCUCGUCAAAGUCCUGGGGCUCUCCAACUACCACUGCAAGCUCCUGGCCCCCAUCCUGGCCCGCUACGGGAUGGAUAAGCAAACGGGCAAAGCCAAGCUCCUGACGGAGAUGAACCAGGGAGACAUCUUUGACUGCUCCCUCUUGGGUGACCGCGCCUUCCUCAUCGAGCCGGAGCACGUUGAAACCAUCGGCUACGGAAAGGACCGCUCCGGCAGCCUCAUCUACCUGCACGACACCCUGGAAGACAUUAAGAAGGCCAACAACAGCCAGGAGUGCCUCAUUCCUGUCCACGUGGAUGGGGAUGGCCACUGCCUCGUCCACGCGGUCUCGCGGGCGCUUGUCGGCCGGGAGCUGUUCUGGCAUGCGCUGCGAGAGAAUCUGAAGAAGCAUUUUGAGGAGAAUCUGAGUCACUAUAAGGCGCUUUUCCAUGACUUUAUUGAUGCAGCAGAGUGGGAGGACAUUAUCAAUGAAUGCGACCCUUUGUUUGUUCCUCCAGAAGGUGUGCCCAUGGGCCUUAGGAAUAUUCACAUCUUUGGCCUGGCCAACGUGCUUCACCGGCCUAUCAUCCUGUUGGACUCGUUAAGUGGAAUGCGAAGUUCUGGAGAUUAUUCGGCGACAUUCCUCCCUGGUCUGGUACCCCUAGAAAAAUGCACGGGGAAAGAUGGCAUGUUGAACAAGCCGAUCUGCAUUGCGUGGAGUAGCUCAGGACGUAACCAUUAUAUUCCUCUAGUUGGAAUAAAAGGUGCUGCUUUACCUAAACUGCCCAGGAAGCUACUUCCUAAAGCCUGGGGAGUUCCUCAAGACCUCAUCAAAAAGUACAUCAAGUUAGAGGAGGACGGUGGUUGUGUUAUUGGAGGAGACAGAAGUUUGCAAGAUAAGUACUUGAUGAGGCUCGUGGCUGCAAUGGAGGAGGUGUUCAUGAGUAAACACGGUAUCCAUCCCAGUCUCGUAGCUGACGUGCACCAGUAUUUCUACAGAAGGACUGGUGUUAUUGGAGUGCAGCCUGAAGAAGUCACUGCGGCUGCCAAAAAAGCAGUGAUGGACAACCGCCUUCACAGGUGCCUCCUCUGCGGGGCCCUUUCGGAGCAUCAUGUUCCUCCCGAGUGGCUCUCUCCUGGGGGGAAACUCUACAACCUGGCAAAAAGUACCCACGGCCAGCUAAGGCCUGACAAAAAUUACAGUUUUCCCCUGAACAGUUUGGUGUGCUCCUACAACCCCGCAAAGGAUGUACUGGUGCCAGACUAUAGCCUGAGUAAUUUGAGUGCUUGUAACUGGUGUCACAGUAACUUGGUGCGUCGCGUCAGAGAGGAUGGAUCCGUUUCGUAUUUGGAUGGAGACAGAACUAAUACGAGGUCUACAGGUGGCAAGUGUGGCUGUGGAUUCAAGCACUACUGGGAAGGUAAAGAAUACGAUAAUCUCCCUGAAGCUUUUCCUAUUACUCUGGAGUGGAGUGGACGAGUGGUGAGAGAGACAGUCUACUGGUUCCAGUACGAAAGCGACACAUCUCUGAACAGCAAUGUGUAUGAUGUCGCCAUGAAACUUGUUACCAAGCACUUCCCUGGUGAGUUCGGUAGCGAGAUUCUUGUUCAGAAAGUUGUCAACACAAUAUUGCAUCAAACUGCCAAAAAGAAUCCUGAUGAUUACACCCCUGUAAAUAUUGAUGGUGCUCAUGCCCAAAGAGCUGAUGAUGUACAGCAGGGCCACGACUUAGAGUCGCAACUUCCAACCAAAAUUAUUUUGACUGGCCAGAAGACAAAAACUUUGCACAAGGAGGAGUUAAAUAUGAGCAAAGCUGAAAGAACUGUUCAGCAGAACAUUGCAGACCAGGCUUCCCUGAUGCAGAAACGGAAAAGCGAAAAAUUGAAACAAGAGCAUAAAGGGCAGCCUAGGACUGCUUCUCCCGGGGCCGGCCGUGAAGGGCCGUCAUCUGCGCCCGCUACGCCAACCAAGGCCCCUUAUUCGCCAACAUCUACAAAAGAAAAGAAGAUCCGAAUAACCACGAACGAUGGGAGGCAGUCGAUGCUUACCCUGAAGUGCACUACUACCUUCUUGGAACUUAAGGAAAGCAUAGCGCGAGAAUUUAAUAUUCCUCCGUAUCUGCAGUGUAUUCGCUAUGGCUUUCCUCCUAAAGAGCUUCUGCCCCCCAAAGAAGGGAUGGAGAACGAGCCCGUUCCUUUGCAGCACGGCGACAGAAUCGCGAUAGAAAUCCUGAAAGGUAAGGAGGAAGGCAGGCAGCCCGCUUCAGCGCAUUCGGCCCAUGCCGUGAAGCACGAAGAUGUUGCUGUGACGAGUAAAAUCUCGUCGAAGGAGCUGCAGGACCAAGUCGAUAAGGAGAUGUAUUCUCUCUGUCUUCUAGCAACAUUCAUGGGAGAAGAUGUUUGGUCUUAUGCAAAGGGCUUUCCUCAUUUGUUUCAGCAGGGUGGAGUAUUUUACAGCAUAAUGAAGAAAACCACAGGUUUGGCUGAUGGCAAGCAUUGUACUUUUCCACAUCUGCCUGGUAAAAACUUUGUGUACAACGCAGCAGAAGACAGAUUAGAGCUGUGUGUGGAUGCUGCUGGACACUUCCCUGUCGGUCCUGAUGUUGAAGAGUUGGUUAAAGAGGCCUUAAGUCAAGUUCGAGCAGAAGCUACUUCACGCAGCAGAGAAGGGAGUCCUUCGCACGGAAUGUUGAGGCUGGGUAGUGGCGGCGUAGUGAAGAAGAAAUCGGAACAGCUGCAUAACAUAACUGCGUUUCAAGGAAAGGGCCAUUCCCUAGGAACUGCGUCUAGUAGUCAACAGCACGAUCAAAGAGCCAGGGAAACACCACUCUUAAGAAAGCAUAGCACAGAAACGGACUUCAGUCCUUCUGUUAAAAUUGAGCCUUCUGUAUUCACAACUGCUUCUGGUAACAGUGAGCUUAUCCGAAUUGCUCCGGGAGUCGUGACAAUGGGAGACAGCAAGCAGCUUGACCCCACUUUGAUUGAGGCACAGAGAAAAAAGUUGCAGGAAGUGGUGUCUUCUAUUCAUGCUUCAAUAGAUAGACAUUUGUGGGAUCAGAAUACAGAGCAGUCAGCCUCAGUUGAUCUAUCGCAAAGAAAAGUAGAGGCAGUGAGUUCAACUGCUAAAACUGGGAGCUUUCAGGCUGGCUUACCUGAAUCAUUUUCUGCACCAGGUGGUACCGAACACUUGAAUACCGAAUCAACCGAUGGUAACAUGGUGAAUUCUGUGGGAACAACAUUCCCUGCAAGGUCUAAAGCACAAAAGGGGAAUUCUGUUGAGGAGCUUGAGGAGAUGGAUAGUCAAGAUGCAGGAAUCACUAAUGCAACUGAGCCAAUGGAUCACUCUUGAUAGGUUAAAAUCUAAUAAGGGUAGAAGAAAUUACUGUUCAAAUGUUAUGUUUAUUGGCUGGGCCACACCAAGUGAUUAGUUAUUAAAUCUUGUAUGUAUGUCAAAGAUUAUAUCAUCUUAUUCAGUGCAUGAUAAGCAAGUGUGUGAUUGGCAAUAGCUUUCAAUAUUACCAUACUGCUGCCCAGGCUGGCUCUGUUACCUGUAAAGUAGUUAUUAGGAAAUGCACUGAGAUGAAUAUCUGCUGUAAAUGUGGGUUCUUGAAAAUUCUUUGUAAUUUUUAAAUCCUUAAAAGUCUUAAAAUUGAAGCCCAUGCAAGGUUCUUACCACGCUAGUUUAAGGCUACUGGAAAGGCUAGAACAGGCAAAACUAGAAACGUGACAAAGUUAAUCCUGUCCCAGGUACUUAAUUCCACUGAAAAAUACACUAUAAACACGAAUUUUAGAUAAAUUUCAAAAGGCAGUUGAAACUAAACUGCUGCUAAAUUGAUAAUGCAGCAUAUACAGUACUUAAUCACAAUGUGCUGGCACUCCCUCUGAUUGAAAAACUUUCGCGUUCUCACACAGCUGUAUACGCUUGUCAGAAAUCUUGGAAUAAGUGUGACUUUCGUAAACUCUCUCAUUUCUGCGUAUUGUCAGUUUAAGCAAGUUAGAAAAAAGGCUUCUUAGUGUAUGAUGAAGAUAAAGUGAAUGUGGUGUGGUUAUGCAUGGCUGUCUGAGCCAACACAACCAUUUUGGUGCUCUGUAAGUGAUAGCAUGUUUUUAUUUCCUCCCAGAUACCGAGCUGGUCAGAUGUUGUGCAACUUUUAAUGCAGCUCCAGGAGAGAAAAAGUUGGCAAUUUCAAGAAAAAACAAAUGUUCAAUGGCAAAUCCAUUUCUUUUAAAAAAGACUUUGAUUACUGGCAUUGGUUAGCAAUGGCAAAA